AUGAAUCAGGCGGGUUUGACUUCAACGACAACAACCACCACGACCACCACUACAACAACGACGAGAACGACCCCUACGAUAACGACAACCACGAACACUACCACGACGACUACAACUACUACAACAACCACGACCACCACUACGACGACGACUACGACGACGACGAUCACCACAACAACAACUACUACUACUACUACGACAACAACAACGACGACAACAACAACGACGACCACUACGACGACGACUACAACUACUACAACAACCACGACCACCACUACGACGACGACAACGACGACGACGACCACUACAACAACAACUACUACUACGACAACGACAACCACAACGACGACAACAACAACUACGACGACGACAACAACGACGACAACAACAACGACGACAACAACAACGACGACAACAACAGCCAAUACUACUACAACCACGACGACCACAACGACAACAACCACUACUACGACGACCACAACGACGACGACAACGACGACGACAACAACAACCACUACUACUACUACAACCACGACUACCACUACGACGACGACGACCACCACCACAACCACAACGACAACAACAACAACUACUACUACGACGACGACCACAACAACAACAACAACAACAACAACAACAACAACAGCUACUACUACUACUACUACUACUACUACUACUACAACCACGACGACAACAACCACUACUACUACGACAACAACAACUACGACGACGACAACAACGACGACGACAACAACGACGACGACCACUACCACUACCACCACCACUACCACCACCACAACGACAACAACAACAACUACUACUACGACCACCACAACAACAACAACCUCGACGACAACGACCACAAUAUCCAAUUCCUGUCCAUACCUCACUCUCACACUAGUUUUGGCCAACUCGUGGAGUGGAAACAAUGGUGCUAAUAUAUACAAUCAGUACAUUUUGACCUUCAAAAAUUCGGCCAAACAACCGGUGUGCGCUGGAGCUGUUUUCUCGAUGCAAUUGAAUGGGCUCACAAUAACCGAUCAUUAUAACUUCGAUUCGUUGGGCGGUUCUUUGUAUGUUUUACCAUCUGGAUGGACAACAGUGCCGGCUGAGGGAAUCUACAAUACAUCUGGUGUCACUCUUAUGGGAGUCGGCUCGUUUAAUGUGGCUGUUGUAAGCUGUAAAUUAUGC